AUGGAUUCUAAGGAUUUUCGAUCCAUUUUGGAGAGCGCGGGUGUAGACAUUUGGAUGUUGAUGGAUGUCGCCAUCGAGGUGGCGUCUGCUGACCACCGUGAUGAAUUGAGGCGUCGAAGAGAUGGAAUCGUGGAGCGCCUCUAUGCGACUUCCGUGUCAUCAUCGCGGUGUCGAAAUUGUGAUGCCAACGACGUUAGAGAAAACAAGAUGCAAAGCAAUCCCUCUGCGGAGGAGGAAAAGGAUACUGACGAAGUCUUGUUAGACGAUGAACGAAAGAAGAUUCUAGAGAUUAAAGAACAACUUGAAGAUCCUCUCCAGUCCGAAGAUUCGUUGGUGGAGCUGUUGCAGAAUCUAGCAGACAUGGAUAUUACAUUCCAAGCCUUAGAAGAGACUGACAUUGGGAGGCUCGUGAAUCGGUUCCGAAAGCAUUCUUCUAAUGACGUUAAGAGACUGGUGAAGUUGCUCAUCAGGAAAUGGAAGGAAAUUAUAGAUGAAUGGGUGAAGUUGAAGACACCGGGAGAAGGAAGUACUACUGUCAUGGCUGACGAGGACUCGCCACAAGAGAAAAUCAUACAAAAUGGGCAUCGUCAGAUUCCCGAUUAUGCAAACUCGCCAAAUCCACACAAUGAGAGUCUAGGGUCAGAGCACACCAACAUUGAACCUCAACAACGAAAACCAAAAGCAAUUCCUCGCAAAGAAUCUCCCCUAAAACCAUCGCCAUCAGUUACUACUCCUACUCUUGCACCUCAAAACGUAUUGAUAUGA